UUUUCAAAAUUUUAUAGUGAUCUCCCAUGUUACGAAAUAAUAUGAAAAGAGGGACGAAGUGUGUCGUACAGACUAUUAAUCUGUCCAAUCCGAAAACAUGCAUAAGACCGAAGGUUCAGAGACCCAUUAGUGCGAAUGCGGAUUCUUCUUGCGAUCUUAAUCGUGCAAGUCCAAGUGCUAGACCAGCGGCAGUUAAAGUUUACUCGUGGAAAGACGCUCAGUGGAAGCAUCCGCCAAAGUUUUGCGAACCUUUUCCAAAGAAAUCUCCGCCGUCUACGACCAACACAAUACUUUGCAGGGCUGCGACGUUUUUUAUAAAAGGCGCUGUUGUUGCUGGUCUCAUCUGUUGGACCUGUUCGGAGGGUCUUUGGGGCAGCAAUACCGAAACGGAAGAGCUGUAUUACAGGAUGAUGAGCGUGAUUUUCCCUGAUCGGCAGGUAAAUAAGCGUCGAAUUUACAAGGAACUAAAAUACUCCGUGUUCGAAACGUACAAUGACAUGUUGAUGAAAGGCAUGGAUAUCAUGGUCAGCGUACCGCGCGAUGUGUAUCGAAGACUGCAAGAACUCUUAUUCCCGUACAGUGCAACAAAGGAAAGAGAGAGAAGGGCGAAACGCUUUGACGAGAAUUGAGCGGAAAUAUAAUUUCGUAAAUUGUGUGUGUCAAAACUUGAGAUACCGAUGUGGAUGUACAUCAUACGAUAUUUACAAAAAAUUUGUAUGAAACUUUUAGGCUGAU